CCCGUUUUCAACCAGUAGGAAUGAGAAGUGGGAGAUCUGGAACAGCCACCCUUAAGGUCUCGCCUCCGAGUCCCGCCGCCCCCCAAAACGGAGCGCUGAUGUGGUGGAGAGGCUGAAACACGAUGCAACUCCUUCCUGCCCUGGCGGAGAUGUGGAUAAUGCAGAAGAGGGGGUGAGGCAGGCACUAAAGGCCAGGGAGCCUGGCAAUUCCACCCUCUUCGCCUUCCGUUCUCUCUGGGCGGAGAAGAGGGCGAUGCACGGGGAGAGCCGUGUGCGCGUGUCUCACGCUGUGUAGCUGACUCCCCAGACCCCCUCUGAUCUACAGCGCGCGGCGGCGUGUCUGCAGGAUGCAGCCGGCUCCUCCAUUCCCCCCAGCUGCCUCGCUGGGAUGCACAGAGUGAGGAGGAGGAGGAGAGCAAGAAGCUGCUUGCCCUGCUAUGAUGCCAGGGCAGAUUCCAGAUCCAUCCCUGACAGCUGGUGCUCUGCCUGGGCUUGGCCCCUUGUCAGGACUCCCGGGCACCACCCUGACGGUGGAAGAGCUGAAGUACGCUGACAUCCGCAACAUUGGGGCUAUGAUCUCUCCACUGCAUUUCUUGGAGGUGAAACUUGGGAAGAGGCCCCAGCCUGUGAAAAGUGAGCUGGACGAGGAAGAGGAGAGGAGGAAAAGGCGCCGUGAGAAAAACAAAGUAGCAGCAGCUCGAUGUCGCAACAAGAAGAAGGAAAGGACGGAGUUCCUGCAGCGGGAGUCAGAGCGUCUGGAGCUCAUGAAUGCUGAACUGAAAGCCCAGAUAGAGGAGCUGAAGCAGGAGAGGCAGCAGCUGAUUCUAAUGCUAAACAGACACCGUCCCACUUGCAUUGUGCGGACAGACAGCAUCAAGACACCAGAGAGUGAAGCCAACCCACUGCUUGAACAACUAGAGAAAAAGUGAAGGUAGCACUGGCCAGGACAAGGAGGAGACAACAAACUGGGGUCUCCAAAAAUGUCGCCUAUGUAGUGUAUGAAGAACUGUGCACCAAGGCCUUGUCCAGCCAGAAUCCAGUGGGCUUUCUUGGGGAUUACAGGCCAACCAAAUAAGGGGAAGGAGAAGAUCAAGAACCUGCCAUUCAUCCCACUCUGAGGCUGAACCUGGAAUGGGUCUAGCAGCUGUGGUGAGGGCAACCACUUGCAAUACCUCUUUGUGGCCCUUCAGCCAGCUCACCAGCCCCAGGGAUCAAGCAAGCAGCCUGCUGCAGGGCAUCCUGAAGCUGGAUCACAUUGAGAUAUGGGGAGGGGAAGUUGCAACUUCCUCUCUUCCCACACCUACUGGUAUGCCCCUGGCCGGGAGUGAAGGCUUGAUCCAGGAGAAAUGAACAUGUGUGGGAGAUGGAUGGCAGGCAGAGACAUGCUGGCUGUAUCUCCCAGGUCUGUCCUAUCUCCGUCCCUCUGGAUCCUGCCACUGCUCCUUGCACACACUCCGGAAUGGAAUCCGAAACAAAGAAUUGCGAACACUUGACACAAGCCCUGCCUCGUGGCUGGGCCUGUCCAUGGCACUGGGGCGCAGGCGUCCCACGAGCACACUCAGUAUAAUGUUUACAGCCCAGCUGUCCCUGUCGGCCGUGCUUUUGAAUGCACAUUUUUACACUUUUUUAUAUUUUUUACAAAGUUUUUAUACAGCUGUCUCUAUACGGAUUUAUAUAAUCACUAGAUGUGAUCCCAUAGAAAUGUAUGUUAUAAUGGUCCGUUUGUUACAAACGCAUAUGCCACAGUUAUCUCAUUGUGUUACUUGUUAGGUAGCGUCUGGCUCCUUUUCCCUCGGCAUGUUGGGAAAGGGGCCCAUACAGCCCUCCACAAUGGCUCCACUACCAUCUCCAUCCAUGUACGUUCUUCGUAAUACGCAGUCCUGUAUCUCGCAGUAAAUGUUACUUUGACUUAUU